AAAACAUCUGAUUGUCAAUGGCAUGUUUGUUUUGUGCCCAUUUUUGGAAGAAACUUCAAUGAAAAUCGUAGUGGACGACUGUCUGGUAUCAACAAACUUGUUUCCUGGCUUAAUCAGCAAACAAGUUUUGUUCGUGCAUUAGUAAUCCGUAGCAAUUAAAAAAAAACAGUCUGAAAAUACGCUGGAUUCCGACUUCCAACAAUGGCGAGCACCAAGAAAAUCAAGGUGGGGCCUGUGCACACCACUCUGUACGCAAAUUUGAGGCUUCUGAUGUCUUGCAACAGCCAUUCUAAUGUCCUGCAGGAUCUGCUUAGUGAGGACGUGUUUGUUUUGCCCAAUUCCAACAAAAAAGCAUCUAAUGAAGUCAUCUAUUUCCUGCUCAAUAUUUGGAACAAAGCAAAAUGUGCAGAAAAAUUUAAAUUUUGCUGGCCAGUUCUUGACAGGAAGCAGGAAUCACAGUUCCAGAGGGCGGCCUGUACGAUUAUGCAGGAGAUUAAAAGUAUGCAUCCAGAGGCUUGCCUUCCAACAAUAUCUUUAGCACUUCUUCUUCAACCUGGAGGUGACAAGUACUGCAACUUUUUCCUACGACUGACAACAUUUCUUUUAAAGAAUUCUCUAAAAAUUGAUGAUUUGAAGAACCGACCUAAAUCUAAAAAGAAAGAUUCUGAAGUGGAAUCUGAUGUGGAUUUAAAAAGAGAAAUAUAUAUCCUGAUCGAAAAAGCUGCAGAGGAUCAUGGAAAUGCUGCGGCUACCUUGCAUGGUGCUGAUACAUUUUGCAAGAAACUGAAAGACUGGUGGCAGACAUGGGAGGAGUGUGAAGAAACUGCUUUACUAAAAUUUAAAAAUGAAGUUAACCUGCUCAACACUGCCCAGGAGUUGAAAGAAAGAUUGGCGAGCUCCCCUGCAAAUAUGAAAGAAUUUCAAGGUGUUGUUUUGAAGCUGAAAAACGAAAUUGAUGUUAUGUUGACCCGCCUUGAAGGAUCUCUUAACCCUCCACACCAGAGAGUCAGUAGCGUCAGUCCUGAGAGAAAAGCAAACACCAGCCAAGAUUAUGACCUUGGAGGAGUAUCCGCUUUAGCUAGAAAAUUGUCCCAAGGGAUAAAUGAGCUCAAUCUUUUAUUCGAAUUGGCUGAGAAGCAACCUGGUUGGAGUUUGAAUCAAGAUGUGGCAAGAUUUAGAAGUUUAUUAACAAGUGGAACGCCCUCUGAUACAAUUAAUCAACUGGAGGCAAAACUUAAAUCUGCCAACCGCAACUGCUCCCAGGUUGAGCGAAGGCAUUCCAUUGCCCCAUCGCCAGCACUUCAGUUUGACUCGUUUAAACUUCGACAACUUCCAGUGACACCAUUUUUAAUGCCAAGUGGUGUGAAAGGAUCACCUUUUCAACCAAAUUUUCACACUGUUGAAGAGGAAGAAGAAUCUAUUGAGGAUCUUUUGUCUCGUUGGUGGCAAAUGCCUAACAAAAUGAAGCCGGUGCCUCACGCUGCAUCACAGUCUCCAACUUUGUCCUUACUUGCCAAGCCCCAACCUGCCCAAAUCAAGAUACAGCCAGUUUCACCAAUUCAGAAAUUCCCCCAGGCCGAUAGUAAGUGCCAUCCUCCAGUGCAGCUCAACUCAACCAAAUUGACCCUCACACCUCCGAGUGUUGCUGAACCAACUUCCCAAAUCCGAGGACGCAAGUCUUUCUUCGAAUUGAGCGGGGACGACUUGCCCCUCGGUGAAGUCAGCUUGCUGGAACUUGCAGAACUUCACUUUUCCCUCGACUCUGGCCCUUCGUCACCAGACCCAAUAGUUCCUCAAGUUCCAAGUCCUCCACAAAUAAAAGAAGUACAGGAGGAAACUCCGCCAGAACCUGAAGAUGUAAAGCCUGACUUGCAAAGUUUACUGCAAAGGCUGAAAGCAGUAAAGGAGCGGUCGAGAGCACUACCGUCUGUUCUCGUCAAGAACGAACUUAUUUCUCCUUGACCUUUUUUCCAAAAGCAAUUUUGAGGCUGUGGUGAUUUCAAUCUCUUUAUUUGGUGAAGUAGUCUGAUUGCCUAAAUUAUGAUGAUGUUCAUCAGUUGCAAUGUGUUUAAAAUAUUACUCAAUUUAAACAAUAGAAAAACUCAAUUGUUGGAGAUAAUUUAUUUUUACAUUUUAGUUUGGAGCAAUUGUAUCUAUAGAUUCGAUUAAAUAAAACUUAUGUGUAAUAUACAUUGUUCAAUACAGAAAACAUAUUAACUCUAUAAAUUAAUUACUGAACUAAAAGCUUCAUUG